CACUAUCCAGUCUCUCUCUACCAGUCACUCUUUGACACCACGUUCACUACCGCCAUUCGGCACUAUCAUUCUUUUUACACAGCUACCAACACACUCCCGUCGGACCGACCUCGAAUCCUACUGAUCCUUCGACACCAACACCAACAAACACAAAGUACACUAGAUCUACCAAAAUCAGAAUGCGUGCCGCUUUCGCUAUCGCUGCCCUUGCUGGCGCAGCCAUUGCCGCUCCUAGCUACGGAGGUUAUGGAAAACAGGAGGAGCCCAAGAAGAACGUCGUCGUCGUCGUUGAGACUGUCAUCGAAACCUGCUACGUGACCGAGGGAUACCCCAUCCCUUCCGCUACUCCUGCACCCGAGCCGGUACCAGCUCCCGCUGCGCCAACCACCACCGUCGUUGUCGAGCCUCCCAAGCCGUCAUCCGCGUACGUUGAGCCUCCUCAGUCUACUCCUGUGUACGAGGCCCCAGCCCCAUCGCAGCCCGCCUACUCGGCUCCUGCAUACACCCCAGCUCCUGCUCCUGCUCCCGCUCCGACUCCCACCCCCACUCCCGAGCCCCAACCAGCUCCUCCCGCCGACUCCGGCUACAUGGGCGUCGUCGCUGAAUGGCGCGCCAAGUUGGGCCUGAAGGAGCUCUCCCACGACUCAAAGCUCGAGUCUAACGCCAUGGACACCGUCGUCUCCAGCAAUGGCGUCAUGACACACAAGCUCAACCCCGGUACCUACGGCCAGGUCCUUGCCCCUGGCAAGGAUGGCAAAGACGACCAAGGUAACGACAACUUCACCAAGGUCUUCGUCGGUGGCUGGCUUUGCGAGCUUCCCAACACCCCUGGUCUCGACGGUGUCUGCGGUAAGAUGUCCGAGGGCUGGGCAUACGAAGGCCAGACUGGCCACGCCGAGAUCCUCACCUCCGCGCAGUACUCCAAGAUUGGAUGUGCGCUCCACAAGGGUAUCUGGUGCUGCGAUCUUGCAUAGACGCUUCAACGGCUAUCUGUGAAUAUGGGGGCCUUUUCUUUUGGUGUAUAGGUGGUUUGGGGACAAAACGCACUUGUGCGGGUGCUUGGACACAUUUUCGCUUCUUCUGUAUCGUACGUUCACUGUACGCUUCUUUAUCCCUUGUAUUAUCUACUAGGGAAAACUGCAUCGUCUGUUGCAAAUUGACGUCUUCACGAUUUCACGACC